UGCAAUGAGUUCACCACCCAUGUGAUGAAUCUACUCAGGGAGCAAAGCCGCACUCGACCCAUCUCACCCAAGGAAAUUGAGCGCAUGGUGGGUAUCAUCCACCGCAAGUUCAGUUCAAUUCAAAUGCAGCUCAAGCAAAGUACAUGUGAGGCCGUAAUGAUCCUUCGCUCUAGAUUCCUGGAUGCACGGAGGAAGAGAAGAAACUUCAACAAGCAAGCUACAGAGAUCCUCAAUGAAUAUUUUUAUUCCCACCUCAGCAACCCGUACCCCAGUGAGGAAGCCAAAGAAGAACUUGCCAAGAAAUGUGCCAUCACGGUAUCACAGGUGGGUGUGCAACUAUCUGUUUGUUGGCUUUGAUGAAAACAACUGAUAUGGAAACCACCAGUUCCUCACAGAUGGAAAUUCAGGCUAAUUAGAGAUUCUUGGCGAGACCUCUUUUGGCCCCAAACAUGUUUGUCGUUUUAUGGUAGGAUGUGCAUACUGUGGCUAUUUACCUUGGGGAGAACUAAUGAAAAACUCCUGCUCCAAUCUAAAUCCAAGUUAACCAAGCACUUUUUGAUUCCAGGGCAAAUGUCACUGUGUGGCCCUAGAUGUAUCUUCUGCUUAUUGUGGUCACGUAGGAUGUAAACUUGUGUUACUACAAGUA